CUAGGCCAGAUCGUGUUGAUUGCGAAACGACGAGUGAAUACCAUGAGACCGGGUUGUUACAUUUCUCUGUUCCGUUGCAAACUGCAGUUAUUGAGUGCCUGUUUCAUCGUGCUGUCAAUUAGUCUUUUACUGAUUUAUCAAAGAACAAACGUCAAUGAUAAUCAACCGUUGAUUUCAGCUAAGCGUGAUGACAUAACGGCCGGUGUCAUCGACAGCAAUCGUAAAUUCAACUUGAUGGAUGAAACUUCUGGAUUCUUCGAACGGCUAUUCAGCAACAAGGAGUGCACGUUAGAUUACAUGAACGGCAAUAAACUGCCGCAAGAUCAUCCGUGCGUCAUCGAGACUAUUAAACGCCAUUAUUUGAAUAAACCAUCGCCACCAGAAGUUCCUCUGCAACUCGAUUCUAACGAUGAUAAAGAUCGAUCUCCAGGACAGACAGGUGUCAUAUUCAGGCUCUUGAAAAAUCAGACGAAUGGAUUUUUUGUGGAAUGCGGAGCUCUAACUGGCGAUGCGAUGUCCAACACCAUCGAUUUAGAGAGGAAAUUCAAUUGGGGUGGAAUUCUAAUCGAAGCUAAUCCUGAAGCUUUUAAAAAGCUAUUGUCUCGUAACCGCAAGUCGUGGACACUUCCCAUCUGCCUUAGCCUGGAACCUUUUCCUACUCAAGUGAUUUUCCAACCUAAAAGUGUCGAUCCUGGCCACAGCCACAUCGAAGGAGCGGCUAAAACGUUACAAAAACCUGGAAUACCUGGCAUCGAUCCUGAUUCACUGACUAUUCAAUGUUUCCCGUUGUACUCUGUUCUACUAGCAGUUGGACGAACAGCAAUCGAUUUUUUCAGUCUCGACGUCGAAGGUCACGAACUCAAAAUUCUUGAGACCAUUCCCUGGCAUAAAGUCAACAUCAAAACGCUGACAGUGGAGUGGAACAACAUACCGGAAGGAGAGGAAGUCCUGUCCCGUUUUAUGGAAGUCAAUGGAUACAUCAGCAUCGGUGCAUUUGAUUUCCAAUGGACACGAGAUGUUAUUUUCAUUAAAGAUUUGAUUAAUGCGUAAAUUUGACUGUUAUCCGAUCUGAAAUUAAACAACAACAAAAAUGAAUGGAGAGCA